CGUAAAAAUCGCAAUUUUUUAUGUUAUACAUUUUUUAAAUAUUGAGUGUAAAUUUAUAACAUUAUGCUUUGUGUUAUAUUACCCUGGAAUUAGUUAAAAAAAAAAAAAACUGUCUAUCUUCUCCCUUUUUACUCUAAAUCCACCGCUCUCUAUUUUUUUUUUUCGUUUCUCGAAAGUCAGUCAAACGUAACAUUGGAUGUUUUUCUUUUGCUCUUGGAGCAAAUGGACCCAGGUAGACAAGAUGGCAUCUAUUCCAGAACAGCUUCUGGAAACACUGGAUGAGCUGGAAGAAAACAAACUAAAGAGGUUUAAAUGGCAUUUAAAACAAGUAGGGUCCAUUUCAGCUGGUGAAUUGGAAAAUACAGAUGCCAUUGACACAGUGGAUCUGAUGGUGGAGCGUUAUGAACCAGAAGAAGCUGUGAAGAUCACACUGAACAUCCUGAAGAAGAUGAAACAAAACCAGCUGGCUGAAGAGUUAAAAAACAAGAACAAGGAUGGGCUUCAAACACCCUCAGAGGGAUCAAUAUCUGGGAAACAUGCAACAAAAGAGGAUGAUAUCUUGCAAAACGUCAUUACAAAUCACAAAGAUUACAUGAAGGAGAAAGCUGAAUCUGUUUUUGAGGGCAAAAAAGAAAAUAAAACACAUCUCAAGAAAGUUUACACUGAACUCUUUAUCACUGAAGGCGAUUUUACAGACGUCAAUCAUGAACACGAGAUUCUGAAGAUCGACAGAGCUUUCAAAACCUCAAAUUGUGAGGACACGCCAAUCAACUGCAAUGACAUAUUUAGCUUAUUGAGGCAAAGGGCGGAGGGUAACAUUGUUCUGACUAAGGGAAUCGCUGGCAUUGGAAAAACCUUCUCUGUGCACAAGUUCAUUAUGGACUGGGCUGAAGGAAAAGGCAAUCAGGAUGUAGACUGCAUGUUCCUGCUUCCAUUCCGAGAGAUUAACUUGAUUAUAGAUAAAGAGAUCAGUCUCCAUGAGUUCCUACAGGAAUUUUAUCCUCAACUGAAAGAGCUGAAGGAUACAAAGUGGUCUGAAAGUUGUAAGCUUGCAUUUAUUUUCGACGGACUCGAUGAAAGUCGUCUUCCGUUGAAUUUCAAUUGCAAAUCACUUCACUGUGUUAAUACACGGUCAUCUGUUGAUGCUUUGUUUACAAGUUUAAUCAAAGGGAAACUUCUUCCAUCAGCUCUCAUCUGGGUGACCUCCCGACCUGCAGCAGCCAAUCAGAUCCCUCCUGAGUAUGUGGGAUUGUUCACAGAGGUACGAGGAUUCACUGACAAACAGAAGGAGGAAUACUUCAGAAACAGAAUCAAAGAUGAGACUCAGGCCACCAAAAUCAUCUCACACAUCAAGACAUCUCGUAGCCUCUACAUCAUGUGCCACAUUCCUGUUUUUUGCUGGAUAUCAGCUACUGUUCUACACAAAAUUCUCAUCCAGAACAGUGGGGAGGACAUUCCUUCAACACUUACUGAAAUGUACGUUCACUUCCUGCUAAUACAGAUGAACAUGAAGAACCAAAAGUAUGAUGAAAAAAACGAAAGAGAACGCUCAAAGCUAUUGGGUUCAAACAAAGAAAUGCUAUUAAAGUUGGCUAAAGUGGCAUUCGAACAGCUGAGGAUGGAAAAUAUAAUGUUCUAUGAAAAGGAUUUGAAAGCUUGUGGCAUUGACUUUAUUGAUGAGUCAGAGUCUACUGGAUUAAUCACAGAGAUCUUUAAGAAAGACACUGUGCUUCAUGAGAUGAAGGUUUAUUACUUCAUACAUCUGAGUGUCCAAGAGUUCCUCGCUGCUCUGCACGUGUUCCUCUGCUACCUGAACAAGAACAUGGAGGAGCUUGAUUUUUUCCUGGAUAAUUCACGUCCUGAGAAAGACUUGCUGUAUGUGUUGCUGAGGAAAGCGAUUGACAAAGCCAAGGCGAGCGAGAGGGGGCAUUUUGACCUCUUUAUUCGGUUCUUAAUGGGCAUUUCUCUUGAGUCCAAUCAAAAACUCCUCACAGGCUUGUUGACCCACACAGAGGAUAGUAAAAGAAGCAUCAAUAAAACAAUCCAGUAUAUCAAGCAACUGCAAAACAAUGAUAAGUACCCUGACAAAUCCAUCAACCACUUUUUCUGCAUCCUUGAGCUGCAGGAUAGAUCCCUGUACCAGCAAAUCCAGAAAUAUCUGAGUUCAGGUGUCAUAAACAAACGCCGUGAGAUCUCCACCUCAAACUGCUCAGUAAUGGUCUAUGUGCUCCUGAUGUCAGAGGUGGUGUUGGAUGAGUUCAACCCAAAAAAGUUCAACCCAACGUAUGCAGGAUGCAGGAGACUGGUCCCAGUUAUGAGAUGCUGCAAAAGAGCUCUAUUUUCAGACUGUGGACUGACAGAAACAUGCUGUGAAACUGUAGCUUCAGCUCUACAGUUAGAGGACUGCCCCUUGAGCGAGCUGGACCUGAGUGACAAUUACAGUAUUGAAGCUGGAGUGAAACUGCUUUGUGCUGGACUGAAGAGUCCUCACUGUAAACUAGAGACACUGAAGCUGGCCCGGUGUCAUUUCGGUCAGGACAGCUGCAGGGAGCUGGUGUCUGCUCUCAAGAUAGUCACAUGUCAUCUGACUGAGCUUGACCUCAGUAGCAAUGAUCUGCACGACUCUGGACUCCAACAGCUCUUACAUGGAAUGGACCACACGAAGAGAAAACUUAAAAUUCUGAGGAAAGUAUUAACAAUAUUUGGGUUGAGCUGGUGUAACCUCACUGGGAAGAGUUGUGAGAUUCUUGCCAUGAUUAUUAGCUCAGAUUCCCUCCUGAGGGAGCUUGAUCUGAGUAACAAUGACCUGCAGGAUUCAGGAGUGAAGCUGAUAUCUGACGCACUAAACAGUACAAACUGUACAUUGGAGAUACUGGGAUUAUCAGGCUGUAUGGUGACAGAAGUUGGCUGUUGUCAUCUGGCUUCAGCUCUGAGUUCAAACCCUUCACACCUGAAAGAGCUGGAUCUGAGCUACAAUCACCCAGGGGAAUCAGGGGUCAAACUUCUCACUGAGAGACUCAAUGAUCCAAUCUGUACACUACAGAAACUCAAAACUGAUCCUAAUGGUCAGCACAUCAUCAAGUCAGGGAUAAGAAAGUAUGCCUGUGAUCUUACAUUGGAUCCAAACACAGCACACGUUGAGCUCUUGCUCUCUAAUGAAAACAGACGGGUGACACGAGUAACUGAGAAGCAGCCAUAUCCUGAUCAUCCAGACAGAUUUGAACCCUGUUGCCAGGUUCUGUGUCAAGAGAGUCUGACUGGACGCUGUUAUUGGGAGGCUGAAUGGAGCAAUUCAAAGGGGGUGGUGGGGGUGACGUACAAAUGCAUACCUCGCAAAAAUGAUAAUCUUGUUAUGGUAGGGGCCAGUCAUCUUGGAAACAAUGAUGUGUCGUGGAAGCUUACCUGUGGGGUGGUUACAUAUGUUUCUCACAAUAAAGUGAACAUUAAUAUAAAGGCUCCAUGCUCUCGUUCGUCCAGAGCAGGAGUUUAUGUGGACUCGGCGGCCGGCACUUUAUCCUUCUACAGCAUUUCUGACACGCACACACUCACACACUUGUACACGUUCCUCACUUCCUUAAAGGAACCCCUCUAUGCUGUAUUUAAAGUGGAAAGUGGCACUUUGUCCUUGUGUCAGAUGGAGUAACCUAAAGCCCUCUUCAAAAUAACAUUAAUUCAAUCUUGAAACUCAUUUUUACUUUAUAACUGUUUUUGUUUAACUCAAGAAACAUUUACUU